GAUGAAAAUUGACGCGUUAACGAAUUGGCAAUUCACAGUAUAAUUUAGUGCGAAUCUUCGAAAUUUUAUUGUUCUAAUUCUGAUGGAAACGAUCUGAACUCCUGGGAUAAAUAAUUGCCAGAAGUUUUCUAGCGGGGGGAUAAAUUGCGGGGUGUGAAAGUGUGAAAAUGGCGAAAACGAAGCGAAAGCCUGCGAAGAGCCGAAAACCCAAGCCCAUGAGGAUCGCGGCUUUGAUAGUAUCCGCCAUUCACGAUUUACAGGAAACUAAGGGCUCGACACCGAGAAAGAUCGCCGGCUACAUCAGCUACUCGUCCAAUGUGCCUGAGGAGCGUGUCAAGCGACAAGUGAAUGCUGCUCUCAAGCGGGGCGUCGAGUACGGAAUUUUGCGAAGAUAUCGAGGUCAUUAUUUCUUGCCAUCGGGCGAUGAGCUCGACCGUGCUAAUCGGAUCGCUGUCAGAUUCGCGAGGCUACCGACACCUGCACCGUCCAGCUUCACAUCCAGCGUAGGCAAGGCUGCUCAUCGCGCGAUAGAGUCCGCUGCUGAGAUAACGGGAUACAAAGAGCGCAAUAAUUUAUUCACAAAAGGUGGAAAACUGCCAAAUAGAACGCGCUCUCUUCCUGAAUCUACGGCAACAAGUGGCUCUGAAAAACUUUUUGGGAAAGAAGAACUCGCGAUUGUUAGUGACUUGGAAUGAACUCGUUGAAAUUGUCCGUUCAGGCGUGAUUGCAAAAAGCACUUUCCUCGAUUCAGCAUCAUUUUUCUCAUGAAAAUUAUUCAUUUUCUUCAUUCCACGUCCUAUUUGUUGUUUUAAAUAUCAUGUACCAUGUCCGUUUCGUUGAAUAAAAUAGCUAUCGAAAAUCCAAUGGUUGAAUGGCAUCGUGUUUUGCCUGCACGUUCAAAUAAUUAAUAAUCGUAUCGAAGAUUCCGGAGUCCGAUCUAUCCUUG